CACCACACCAGAUCACCCGCGUCGCAUGUCCUCCUAAUCUGAUUGGAGUAGGGGUGUAGCGUUCAACAAACCAUAAGCCGUAGAGAAGCAGGGACGUUACAUCCUACCGGCGUUGCCCUCUCUUAUUUCUCUCCGUGUUUAUAUGCAAAACUCUCGAUCCAAUCCAAUUCUUCAGUUUCCAUUUCCAGAUCUCUGUCAGCUUUUCGAGAUCUCGGAAAAAGCUCAGCUCUAUCUGUCGUUUUUGGGUUCCGCUUCGGGCAUCUCCUCUUGGACUCGGGUGCUUUUUUCACUUGUGACUUGCCAAGGUUAGAAGGAGGAGGAUCAAUCUGCUUCCUUCUUGUUGUCGCUAGUGACUUUCCUAGGUUAGGAGAAACAGUGGGCGGUGAAGGGAUGAUAGAAUGCAGAGUUUGUCACUCGAAAUUUGCAUCUCCAAAUAGCAAAACGGUCUCCAAGGCCUAUGACAGGCAUAGGAGCACUGUCUCCUCCAAGACCCGUGCCCUCAACAUUCUCUUGGUUGUUGGCGACUGCAUCUUGGUUGGUCUGCAGCCGAUAUUGGUUUACAUGUCCAAGGUUGAUGGGAGUUUCAAGUUUAGUCCGAUGAGUGUUAACUUUUUGACUGAGGCGGCCAAAGUUGUCUUUGCAGUUGUCAUGCUCUUAUUACAGGCACGACACAAGAAAGUAGGGGAUAAGUCUUUUCUCUCUGUAUCAACCUUUGUACAGGCGGCUCGUAACAAUGUACUUCUUGCUGUUCCUGCUUUCCUAUAUGCAAUUAAUAAUUAUUUGAAGUUUACAAUGCAGCUUUAUUUUAAUCCAGCAACUGUGAAGAUGCUGAGUAACAUGAAGGUGUUGGUGAUUGCUAUGUUGCUGAAGAUAAUCAUGAGGCGGCGAUUUUCCAUUAUUCAGUGGGAGGCUCUUGCUUUAUUGCUCAUUGGAAUUUGUGUGAAUCAAUUGCGGUCUCUACCUGAGGGCACCACCUCACUGGGUUUACCGGUUGUUGCAACUGGGGCAUACUUAUACACACUGAUAUUUGUAACUGUUCCAUCUCUAGCAUCAGUCUACAAUGAGUAUGCUUUGAAGAGCCAGUUUGAGACUAGCAUUUAUCUUCAGAAUUUAUUUCUGUACGGGUAUGGUGCCAUAUUCAACUUCUUAGGCAUCCUUGUAACUGCCAUUUUCAAAGGUCCUGGGAGCUUGGAUAUUUUGCGAGGACAUUCGAAGGCUACAGUGCUUUUGAUUUGCAACAAUGCAGCCCAGGGGAUUUUGUCAUCAUUCUUUUUCAAAUAUGCAGAUACAAUCCUGAAAAAGUAUUCAUCAACUGUCGCCACAAUUUUUACGGGAAUAGCAUCUGCUGCCCUGUUUGGCCAUACCCUGACCAUUAACUUCAUUUUGGGAAUAUCUAUUGUGUUUAUCUCGAUGCACCAGUUCUUUUCACCUCUUUCAAAGAUUAAGGAUGAACAGCAAAAUCUUGGCCCUGAAACGACGGAUGGUCAGAACAACCAAAGGUCGAAGGAUGUAUCGUUCAUAAAUAUGGCUGCUGGAGCAAAUGAAGAUGCUACUCAUCGAGUUGGACACGAACACGACGAGAGGGCACCGCUUCUUCCCAUCUGAAGCUGGUUAUGGUUGCAACAUGAAUUUUAUUUAGUUGAAUCUGUUUCAGAAAUUCUUUUGGAGUGUACAUUCCCAGUCUGCUGGACUUUUGAGGCUGAGAAGAUUAUAAGUAGCAUAAGAAAUGAAUUUUUUUUCUCUUUGCGAUUGAAUUAUUUCUUCAUUGCGAAAGAACAGCAAGAAAGCUCUGAUGGAUCCUCCUUGUUCUUCUUUGUGAAUGUGACACUGACACCAUAUGUAUAAUUUAAGACCUGCGGCUGCCAUUCAAAUAUUGAAACAUUAUAUCGUUCUUCUUUU